AUGACCGCUUCUCCUGACUAUUCGUUCAAUCGACCGCGGAACAUAGGCUUCGACUUCGAUAUGGACCGUGGUCGUAUCGAGCCAGGCAAGAAGCACGGCACUUGUGUGAUCUUCAGUUGCGAAGAGCUGCCUCAAAAAGCGAGAAGCGGACAGGGUUUAGGUACGCCUGAAGCAGCAUUGCUGGGAAUCGGAAACUUGGGGGUGGACGAGUUCGUUGAUCUUGGUGAUGAGAAGGCCAUGUUAUACUCGUACAAGAAGAUUUCUCUGUGGAGGCUUGCAGCGGUUGGGUAUCGAAGAUGA